AUGCUAUCCAUCUUGGACAUUUGUAUAUCCUCUGAAGAGCGGGAGAACCGCCAACGCAGUAUUCAGAUCGAUAGGAAAAUCGAGCAAGACUUGCUACGACAACAACGAGAAUGUAAACUUUUGCUCUUAGGGAGUGGCGAAUCAGGCAAAUCGACCAUUGUCAAGCAAAUGAAGAUCAUACAUCAGAAUGGAUACACUCCCGAUGAGCUGCGAGCUUGGCGUCCGAUCGUCCACAAGAACCUCAUUGACUCUGCCCAUGAUCUCAUCAAGUGUGCCACCAAGUUGGAGCUACCUCUUGCCAACAACGACGCCGUGGCCACCGUUCAAGACUACAAGUUGCCGACAGAAGAUACGGAUCAGGGGAUACCGGAUCAUAUUAUCAGUGCCAUCGAAACACUUUGGCUAGAUGAAAACACGCCUACCAUUCUCGAACGUGGUUCAAGCCAAUUCUACAUUAUGGAUUCAGCUGCAUACUUUUUGAGUGAUGCACGACGCGUAUCGAAACCCGAGUAUUUGCCAAGUACGGAUGAUGUGCUACAUGCUCGUUUGAAAACCACUGGCAUUUCAGAGACCUAUUUCUUGAUGGGCCAACUCAAUGUUCACAUGUUUGACGUCGGUGGCCAGCGAUCAGAGCGGAAGAAAUGGAUCCAUUGCUUCGAAUCGGUCACAUCCAUCAUUUUUUGUGUUGCCCUUAGUGAGUAUGAUCAGGUGCUACAAGAAGAAAGCAAACAGAAUCGCAUGGUAGAAAGCCUGGUCCUCUUUGAAUCCGUUGUCAAUUCACGUUGGUUCAUGAGAACUUCGGUGAUCCUCUUGCUCAACAAGAUUGAUUUAUUCCUUACCAAAAUACAAAGGACCCCCCUGGAGCACUAUUUCCCUGAUUAUCAAGGCGGCAAUGACGCACAAAAAGGCACAAAGUACUUAUUGUGGCGAUUCAAUCAGACAAAUCGGAUGAAGUUGCAGAUCUAUCCACACUUGACACAAGCUACAAGCACAAGCAAUGUGAUUGGUGAUACUAUCGUGAAGAACUCCCUUAAAGAUUCUGGGAUUAUGUGA